AAUUCCUCUGCUAGGUGUUAAUUGUCAACAAUGAAGGAAACGAAUUCCACUUCCUCUAAACAUAAAAGACCAUUGUUUAGUAUUCAAGUUCGAAUACAUUAUGUAGUAAUAUUUUUCAAAACUUUCAAUUCGACAAGGACAGAAGUUAAGAGAAUGGUCAUCCCUACCCACCUCCCUCGUCUCUUUAAACAAAAGAAGAAGUCCCUCGUACUUUCACGCAUACAUGCACCUGCUGAUUACACCCACGUGUUUGCUCGAGACGGGCGCACCCUCCACUUAAGCGCCCUACGCCUACCAACAACAAGAACCGAUUCAAGUCUUCCUUUUCAUAUUGUCCAAGCAAUAUUCUACUUUAGUUGUCAGUGUUCACCUUCUCGGGCGUCAUCGCUUAAACCAGUCAUCACUAAACUUCCAAUACUUAAUAUAAUCUUCUCGCGAAAUGAAUCAUCUGAAAGACAACUUGACAUCAAUUAAUUAUGUACUAUCAUGUUGUUGAUGAUGAUCAUCAUCUUAUUCACUCCGGAAAGCAUCACAUGUAACAGUCCUUGGAUGACGAUCAAACUUAUUCAUCCAUACCUUCAUUAAUGACAGGAAGACUCGAAAAAAGUUGAAAAAUCCUUAUCAGUGUCGAAGUUCAUUGAGUCCAAUCACUUACAUAAAAAAAAAUUUCUAUUUAUUACGGAAGCAGAUAAUAAUAAAUAGAAGUGAAAAACUUUUCAUCAAAACAAAUCUUAAAAUAGUGAACAAAAACCCAAAGUACAAUGCAACCCGGAGGAAAAUACACCAGAGUUAGCAUCAAACGGAUUUUCUAAUCAGAAACAGAAGCAUUUACUAAUUCCUGUAUAAAAAUCAUCAAACCAAAAAAGAUGAAAUUCCUCAGUUGUUCCCGUUGUUUUUCCACAAUAGAAACUCCACGUUCAUCAAGUCAUCAUCCGGAAGUGUUCAAUCCUCUAAUAAUGACAAAACGACCAAAACCAAAAAUUGACAAUCCUUCAACAAAAACAUCAUUUGCUGCUGUGCCCCGUUUUCCAACAUUAUUAAAAGUCAUCAGUAGACCAUGGCGUCGACGAAAGAAACCAAGACCUAAAAUUCGCCUCGAAACACGGCACAAAACAAAGAAACGUGACUUGAUAAAAGAAAAAAUACCCAACCACCCAAAAACAACGAAUUCUCAUUAUUCAUCAUACAAGAGAAAAGUAAAUCAAGUUCAAGAAAAUUUUCCAAAAGUUAGAGAUAUUCAACAUUAUGAAAAGGAAUACACGGAACAAUUUGAAGCACUAAAAUUUCUCAUUGAUCCACCCGAUUGCUUCAAGAAUCCCGAAACGCGUCAGAAUUUUGAAAAUAAAUUAAAUACACUUGAUUUUAGACGAAUGAACACUGUCGCAAUUGCCUUGGAUAAUGAGGAUUCGUCCAAAAAAUUAAUUGACUACUACUUUAAUGGAAAAGAAAUUGUCAAAGAAAUUGUCGAAACUGAAGAAUUUUCCUCAAAAUUGGAUAAAUUUGUACACAAUCAAUUAAAAAUUGAGGAAACGAUGAUUAAUCUUUUGAAUCGUGAACCAAUUUUAAAGAAGGAUAGAGAUGGUUCUCCGGCUAGUAGAAAAACGGUUAGAUUUUUAGACGAUGAGCAUAUGGAUGUUAAACAAAAAAGUGUUGAUGAAAAUACCAAAAAUUUAAAAAUGGAAAAAUUUAGUAUUGAAUUAGAAACAAAUUUUUCAUUUAGUGAAUGUGAAAAAGAAAUGGAAGUUGAAUGUGUAAAUGCGGAUGUGAUAAUUGAAUUAAAAGAUCAUGUUUUGCAAGAGGAACCAAUGUAUAACGAAUCAUUUGUUAAUGAUUUUAAUUUUCUACUGAAAAACAUGGACGUGAACGAUUCGAAUUCUCCUACAGAUAACAAUUUACCAGAUGAUAUUGAUCCCUGUGAGGAAUUUGGAGACAUUCCGGAUGUCAAUGAAACCGAUGGUAUUGAAUUCUAUUUUUUAUUUAACUAGUCAUUUGAAAAGUAGAAAUAGAU